UCCUGAUUUGAAAAUUAUGCCAAUAACUACCUACAGUAUUGAUGUCUGGGUUGCCAUUUAUUUUGUUGUGCAAAUCUGUUGAUGAUACUUUAACCUGCGGAAGAUCAAAGCACAGGAAGGUUGCGGUUUGAUGCAAUGGAAAAAAAAAAAAAAACAGUCAUGACACUAAACCAUACACUCUGCAGUCUGAUUCUGUGCAUGCACACCAUAAACAAGCCCUGGUAAAAACUUAAAUAACUCACCAAUCCAAACAAAAUGGUGUAUCCCAAGACUGCACUUUGCUGGAUCAUUUUCACUUUGGGAUUUACAGCCAUUAACUCUCAAGUGGAACAAAUUAAGGUUGAUGAAAUGAAUGAUAAUCUAUUCUUGACGUGUCCUUAUACACCCUGUGAAUGGAAAUAUGAAGGCACACCUCCGGUCGCUAUAGACUCUAAUGAUCCUUGCUCGUUGAGUUUAGGUUCUGUGUGGAAUGAUCCUCGUGGAACCUACUCAUGCCAGGAAACUGAUAACGUGGAUUCCAAAAAAGUGAAAUUUAUUGAUGUGUACGUGAGAAAGUGUCAGAACUGCAUAGAACUGGAUGCUGGAACAAUCUCUGGAUUUAUAAUUGCUGAUUUAAUCAUGAUUGGCUUUAUUGCCGCGGCUGUGUAUUUUGUUUCUGGCUCCGAGACCCGAAGACCUGGAAGAGCUUCUGACAAGCAGAAUUUAAUUGAAGGAGAACAAGCAUAUCAGGAACUAGGGCCACGUCGGAAUGACGAAUACAGUAUGCCAGUCAUGCGUACAAGAAAUGCUAUUUGAUCAAAUAACAAUGGAAAAAGUAAAUAUUCUGUUUAGCACUUGAGCUGGAAAAUCUGUAAUGUCACCAGGGGAAAUGUUAAGCUUUGUAUACUUAUGGAACAUGUUAUGUAUUUGUUAUGAGCUAAUAAAAUAGUUGAAAAAGCA